GCGGGCCGAGCUGGGCGCCAUCGAGCGAGCGAGGCGGAAGUUGGCGGGCGCGCGCCGGAAGGAAGGAAGGAAGAUAGGGAGGAGGAGGGCCUUGUUGCCAUGGCGGCGGGAGCGGGAGCGCGGCCAUAGAGCGGUGGAGGCACCCGCGGGCGAAGGGCCGCCAUGACCUCGGCCUCCACCAAGGUGGGGGAGAUCUUCUCCGCGGCGGGGGCCGCCUUCUCCAAGCUGGGCGAGCUGGCCAUGCAGCUCCACCCGGUCGCAGACUCCUCCCCCGCCGGGGCCAAGUGGACGGAGGCGGAGGUCUCCCUCCUGCGGGCCUCCGUCCAGCGCUUCGGCGACGACCUCCACCGCAUCAGCGCCCUCAUCAAGGAACGCACCGUGGCGCAGCUGAAGGGGGCGGCCAAGCGCAAGGCCUACGAGGAGAGCGGCCUCCCAGCGGAGUCGCCCAAGAAGGGGCCCCGCAAGCAGUUGGGGGCCGGGCAGGGCCCUCCACAGCCGCAGCAGCAGCACCAGGGGCCCCCCUCCACUUCCUCCUCUGGGCCGACCCCCGAGCCCCCCGCCAAGAAGCACAAGGCCUGUGACGUGACCCUGAGCGCCCUGAAUGACUCGGACGCCCACAGCGACCUGGUGGACAUCGAGGGCCUGGGAGACCCCCCUCCGGCCAAGAAGCUCACCUUCGACCAGGACAGCCUGACCCUGGACUCCGCCUUCCUCUUGGCCCCCAGUGGAGGAGGGGGCGGCAGGGCAAAGGCGGACCCCCUCCCCCGCUGAAGGAAGACCCCCUCCCCCACACUCUUCUGGGAGGGGUAUACAGGUCAAGUGGGGAGGGGUCUUUCUCCCCUCCCCAUGGCUGGGAUUUGGGCCUGGGGUCCCCCUUUGUAGUGGGAGGGGCGCCAUAUACAUGUCAAGUGGGGAGGGGUCUUUCUCCCCUCCCCAUGGCUGGGAUUUGGGCCUGGGGUCCCCCUUUGUAGUGGGAGGGGCGCCAUGCCUCCCUUCCCCCUUGACGCUGCCCCCCCCCCUUGCUUGUAUUUUAAUUGUUUUUGUAUUUUAAUGGCCUUUGGGCCGCAAUAAACAUUCUCCUCCUCCUCCUC